AUGGACGUUUCAAUGUAUGAUGCUUCGAAGGCUUUUGCAAAUCCAUAUUGGCGGAAGACUACAGUUCUCAGUGCUCUCGGAACAUACUUUAAUUACCAAGAUUAUGAUUCCAAUCAAGUCAACCAAGAUCUGAUGACCAAAGUUCUUACACCUCAAUUAGCAUCUCUAGCUCCCGACGGUGGAGCGUAUUUGAACGAAGUAGAUUUUCAGCAACCGGACUGGAAGUAUGUGUUUUAUGGCAGGCAUUACAACAAGCUCAAUAUAAUCAAAUCUAAUUACGAUCCAAAUGACUUGUUCUAUGCACUUGGAGCCGUUGGGAGCGACCGUUGGAAGCAAAUACUAGACGGUCGGCUUUGUCGAGUCUGGAACACGAAUGUUAUGAAGCUGUACCUGCAAUCAUGUACUUGA